AUGCCAUACAGGCCAUAUGUCCCCUUCACUACCAGCACUUCACAUGAGGGGCGACAUUCUGGCCACACCCCGUGCCAUGUACUCCAAUCAAACAAAUCCCCUUCUGAUUCGACAUUUGCCAGCUCUCCCUAUCGCUCCACCAGAUCACUCUCACAUGAUGCCACUCCAUUUGAACAUCCAUUGAGUCCAAUACCCAUGUCUCCAGUCACCACUACACAUCUUGAUGCACCAGCUGCAAUUACCAUUCCUGAAGAGUCCAUGGACAAUGAAUCUCUGAUCACAGCCAAUGAUGACAUUGCAAUGGAUCAAGACAUGUCAAGUGCUGCUCCUCCGUUUUCUCUAAACUGUUCACCACCAGCUCACCAUCCACCUACAAUAACUCCCCCACAACAGAGACAUCUGCCAUUUCUGCCUGCCUUGGGACAUUAUCUAGGUCAGCUAUUACAUGACCAGUUUGCUGAACUGUCUGACAAGGUAGUGGCACCAGCUCUCAGGAAUGCAGUCAACACCAUGAUGCCAGCUAUGAUUGAACAGAUAGCAGGCAAAAUUAGGGGUAUCACUUCCACUUGCUCUCACAAAAUUUGCAGCCAGAAACACUCUGGAGCAGUGGUGGAAGAUACCAAGCCUGAAUGUGAGGACAAUCUAAUGCCGUCCUCAUGCAGGAAGCACCCUGGAAAGCAGGGUACCAUGAAUCAUCUACAUGCAUGUCCAGUGAAUUUCGUGUGA